AUGUCGUCCAAGAAUCUCGUCUGGUUCAUCACCGGGGCCAAUUCAGGCUUUGGCCUCCUCCUCUCGCAGCUGGCUCUCUCAAAAGGCCACACAGUCGUCGCCACAGCCCGGAGUCUUUCAAAGUUUCCUCAGUCUCUUCGCGACUCUCCAAACGCAGACCUCAUCCAGGUUCAGGUGACAAGUUCUCCCACCGAGAUCGAGGCUGUCAUCAACUCGGCCGUAUCCAAACAUGGUCGCAUCGAUGUCCUUGUCAACAAUGCCGGCUUCGGCCAUAUGGGUGCAGUCGAAGAAGUUACCGAAAAAGAGGUCCGCUAUCAGUUUGACGUCAACUUUUUUGGACUCUUCAACUUCACAAAGGCUGUCAUUCCGCACAUGAGGACUCAGGGUUCGGGUGUCAUCUUGCAAAUCUCGAGUGGUGUUGGCAUUCUCGCAGGCCAAGGCGCUCCCAUCUACGCAGCCUCCAAGUUUGCCGUAGAAGGCUUGAGCGAAAGCAUGUAUGAGGAGCUAAAGCCCCUGGGAAUCAGAGUUCACAUCAUCGAGCCGGGGAUCUUCAGAACCGACUUUCUCAAGUCCACUUCAGAGGGGAAGAAUGUUAGCACGAACCGGGAAGGAUACCUCGACAUUGGGAACAUGCUCAAGGGUAUGCACGGAAAUCAGCCUGGUGAUCCUCAGAAGGGAGUUGAACGUAUCUAUGAGGUCGUUACGGGAACAGGAAUGGCUGUUGGUUUGGAGGAUCAGUUGCGAGUUCCUUUGGGAUCUGACUGUCACGGUAUGCUUCAGGCAAAGAUCCAGAAGUUGUCUGAGACUGCGGAGAAGACAAAGGCCAUCUCGUUUAGCACAGACUUUUAA